AUCGGGAACAGUGGGGACAUGAGCGUGUCGAGAGCAGGAAAAGGGGGCGUAAUCACUUAUUCUAUUUCAUAACAAAAUACAACUACCGGUGUUCAGAUAUUAUAUUUGUGAAGGAUAGACGAGCCAUGGCGAAGCAGCAGGACACAAAGAAAUUAUUUGAGGAUCUCUCUGGCGCCGGGAAAUCCAUCGGCGUUCUGACAAGCGGAGGAGAUGCUCAAGGUAUGAAUGCUGCGGUCCGGGCUGUUGUCCGCAUGGGUAUUUAUGUGGGAGCUAAAGUCUACUUCAUCCAUGAGGGUUACCAGGGUAUGGUAGAUGGUGGAGAUAACAUUGAAGAGGCAUCAUGGGAAAGUGUCUCCAGCAUGUUACAAGUGGGUGGCACAGUCAUUGGCAGUGCCCGCUGCAAGGAGUUCCGCAGCCACGAGGGGCGUCUAAAGGCUGCCCACCAACUGGUUCUGCGUGGCAUCACCAACCUGUGUGUGAUCGGAGGGGACGGUAGCCUCACGGGGGCCAACCUCUUCAGAGAGGAGUGGAGCGGACUACUGGAAGAACUUGUUCGACAGGGUCUGAUUGAUGAGGAGGCUGCUCAGAACAACUCAGAGCUGCACAUCGUGGGAAUGGUGGGCUCCAUCGACAACGACUUCUGUGGCACUGACAUGACCAUCGGGACAGACUCUGCCCUGCACAGAAUCAUAGAGGUGGUAGACGCCAUCAUGACUACUGCACAGAGCCACCAGAGGACGUUUGUGCUAGAGGUCAUGGGAAGGCAUUGUGGGUACCUGGCUCUCGUCAGUGCUCUGGCCUGUGGGGCCGACUGGGUCCUGAUCCCUGAGAUGCCCCCUGAGGAUGGUUGGGAGGAACAUAUGUGUCAGAAACUAUCUGAGAGCCGAUCCAGGGGUUCAAGGCUGAAUAUAAUCAUAGUUGCUGAAGGAGCCAUUGACAGACAAGGAAAGGCUAUUACUGUUGAUAAUGUCAAGGAUAACCGUGCAGAUAAGAAACGGCUCAAUAUCAUUAUUGUAGCUGAGGGAGCGAUAGAUUGCCACAACAAGCCUAUCACUACAAACCAUAUUAAGGAACUGGUUGUUAGCUGUCUGGGGUUUGACACCCGAGUCACCAUCCUGGGUCACGUCCAGAGAGGAGGAACCCCCUCUGCCUUCGACAGGAUCCUAGCCAGUCGUAUGGGAGUGGAGGCGGUCCUGGCCCUGCUAGAGGCGUCAGACAGUACCCCGGCCUGUGUGGUGUCUCUGUGUGGGAACCAGGCUGUCCGUCUGCCCCUCAUGGAGUGUGUUCAGAUGACACAAGAUGUCCAGAAAUCCAUGGACGAGAAGAAUUUUGAGGAAGCCGUGAGACUGCGUGGGAGGAGUUUCGAAAACAACCUGAACACCUACAAACUCCUCUCUUACCACAAAGCAGACUCUGAACUCCCAAAUAGCUCCUUCAACGUGGCUGUGCUGAACGUGGGCGCCCCCGCGGCGGGCAUGAACGCAGCUGUCCGCUCGGCCGUCAGGGUGGGCAUCAAAGAGGGGCACAAGAUGUUUGCCGUUAAUGACGGCUUCGAGGGAUUCUACAAGGGACAGAUAAAGGAGAUUACAUGGGGAGAUGUAGCAGGUUGGACCGGCCAAGGGGGGUCCAUACUGGGAACAAAGAGAACCCUUCCAGCGAAGCAUCUUGAUAAGAUUGCUGAACAAAUCAGGAUACAUAACAUCAAUGCUUUGCUUGUUAUCGGUGGAUUCGAGGCUUUUGAGUGUCUGCUGCAGCUCUAUGAGGCCCGGACCAGCCAUGAGGACUUUUGCAUCCCGAUGUGUGUGCUGCCUGCCACCAUUAGUAACAAUGUGCCCGGUACUGAUCUGAGUAUCGGGGCAGACACUUCCCUCAAUGCCAUUGUGGAGACAUGUGACCGCAUCAAGCAGUCUGCCAGUGGGACCAAGCGGCGUGUGUUCAUCAUUGAGACCAUGGGGGGGUACUGUGGGUACCUGGCCAGUGUCGGGGGGCUGGCUGCGGGGGCUGACACUGUCUACAUCUAUGAGGAACCUUUCGACAUCAGAGACCUUCAGUCCAACGUCGAGCACUUGACAGAGAAGAUGAAGACGGGGAUCCAGAGAGGCUUGGUGCUGAGGAAUGAGAACUCCAACGAGAACUUCACCACAGAUUUCAUCUACCAGCUGUACUCUGAGGAGGGGAAAGGAGUGUUUGACUGCAGGAAGAACGUGCUUGGACAUAUGCAACAGGGAGGGGCUCCUUCUCCAUUUGACAGGAACUUUGGAACGAAGAUUGCAGCAAAAGCAAUUCAGUGGAUUUCAAGAAAGCUAAAGGAGUCCUACAAAAACGGGAAAGUGUUCGCUAACACAGAGGACACGGCCUGUUUGCUGGGGAUGCGUCGCAGAACCAUGGCCUUCCAACCAGUAGUGCAGCUGAAAGAUGAGACAGACUUUGCCCACAGGAUCCCUAAGGAACAGUGGUGGUUGAAGCUUCGCCCCCUGAUGAAGAUCCUGGCUAAGUACAAGACCAGCUACGAUGUGUCUGACUCUGGCCAGCUGGAGCCAGUGACCCGGGUCAGGCCCAAGAAGGCAGACUGAACAGACCAUCUAGCCUUGCUGACCAGCACUGACCAGCAGAUAGCUAGACAGCUAGACUAGAUAGGCUAGUCUGUAGAGGCCUAGGCUGCUCUGAGCUGAUCUAUUCAGUGUAACUUAGCCUUUAUCAUGAUAACUCUUACCAGCACUUUUCAGUCCAUCCCAUUCUCAUGUCUCCUCAGAAACUCCACCCUUCAUCCGAAGUAUGCACUUGCACACUUUCUCUUAUGGGUUUUACAAUGGUGAAAACUGCUUCCAGCCAACACUUGUGCUUUUAAAUCCAUGACUGGGCGUGUUAUCGUGCACACUUGUGGAAAAGGGUGGAGAAUCAGGAUGUAGCUUGAGUCGACUCCCAUAGGUUCUUCUUCCCUCUCCAUGUUCUUCUAAAGGGAGAGCCGACUGUGUCUCCCAUCACCUACUGUAGGUCUAUUCCACUGUGUGUUGUUACUCUAUACUUGCACUUUGUAUCAAACCUGGGCUGUGUGUGGCACUUAAAGGGAUAGUUCACCCAAAUAAAAUAAAAAGAACAGAGGUUUUCUUACCCUGUAAGUAGUUUGUGGCACUUAAGAGUAGGGGCUGUAUUCAAUCCGUGUUGCAGAAAUUCAGCGUUCCCGCGUUAGCUGAAGAUGCCGGCUCAGUAGGAAAUGACCUUUACAUUGCUUUAGCGAUACAGAUUGAAUAGAGCCCUGGGUCAUGUUUGUUCUGCUGCUGUAUUAUGUUGCUUUUUUGAGGAUGAUGCAUUUGUGAAAACCAUUAUUAUGCAAUAUAACCUUGUUCUAAUAUGUUGACUCACUGUGUGUUUUCUCCAAUUAAAGAAUACUUGUGAAACCUCAA